AUGAACUCUACCCUGCUUCGCUCACCUGCCCUGCGCGCGGCCACGAGAGCCACUGCGCCUCAGAUGUCUCGCGCCCGUCUCGUUGGCACCACAUUUGUUCGGGGAAAGGCGACUCUGCCUGAUCUGCCGUACGACUAUGGCGCCCUCGAGCCCUCCAUCUCGGGUAAGAUCAUGGAACUCCACCACAAGAACCACCACAACACCUAUGUAACCUCGUUCAACAACUUCUCCGAGCAACUCGCCGAAGCAAAGGCCAAAUCAGACAUCAAGGCCCAAAUCGCACUCCAGCCCGCCAUCAACUUCCACGGCGGCGGCCACAUCAACCACUCGCUCUUCUGGGAGAACUUGGCACCCACCUCCAAGGGCGGCGGUGAGCCUCCCUCGGGCCCGCUCGCCAAGGCCAUCAACGACAGUUACGGCACCCUCGAUGCAUUCACUGACAAGUUCAACACGGCACUAGCCGGGAUUCAAGGCAGCGGAUGGGCGUGGUUGGUCCAGGAUGUGCAGACAGGAAGCUUGCAGAUCAGGACAUAUGCGAACCAGGAUCCUGUGGUCGGACAGUUCAGGCCCAUCUUGGGAGUGGAUGCAUGGGAGCACGCGUACUACUUGGACUACCAGAACAGGAAGGCCGAGUACUUCAAGGCGAUUUGGAAGGUCAUCAACUGGAAGGCGGCGGAGAAGCGCUUCCAGUAG